AUGGCGGUACCACAACGUUUUCCAUGCUGGUGUCGUGCCAUAUAUUCUUUUGGAGGAGAGUCAAAACGCGAUUUGGGAUUCAUUGAGGGAGAUCUUAUAGAAUGUUUGAACGCAGGAGAUGGAUCAUGGUGGAUGGGACGGUUAAGACGCGACAAGCGCAUGAUGGGAUUAUUUCCUUCGAAUUUUGUCGAAGUACUAGAUGAAAGUUUCCGACCUACAACAAGAACCUCGAGCCCAAUGCCAAACCGAUCGCCGACCUAUGCAGCACCGGAUCCUGCAUUGGCCAAAAGAGCAGAAUUGCGAAAGCAAGAGAGCAUAUCAGUAUCGCGCGGUCCGUCGCCAAAUCCUCAUGCCUCGUCAGGAAGAGGGGGGCCAACUCAAGUUCGCGGAUACGGGCCCAGAGCUGUUUCUCCAGCACCACCAUCGCAGAAUAACAGCUACAACUCGCGGUACGGGGGAUCUCGAGCACCGUCUCCAGCGCCCCCAGUGCAACAUAUAAGCUACGACUCAAGGGCUCCCUCUCCAGCUCCACCACCUCAUCACAAUGGGCAUAUAUCCAGAGCAGCGUCACCAAUACCGACACCUCACCACAAUGGAUAUGGGUCUAGGGCCCCUUCUCCUGCGCCGCCCUGGAAUCAUAAUAGUUAUGGAUCUCGUGCGCCAUCUCCAGCACCAUCCUUCCAAUAUAAGGCGUAUUCUCGACCACCCUCACCUCCAGAGUUUGACGUCGGAUCAUCACCUCCUCCGGCACCACCCCCACAUCGAACCAACGUCUCCUCUCAUACGCAUUCUCACAGCCAACAUAUCGCGGGACACCACACUCCUAGGAGCGCUUCCCCAAUUCCACCGUCUCCAGGAGGCACAGGCAUGACGCCUUCCCCUCUUCGCUCAGCCAUGGACGAUGUUAUGUCCUCUUUGUAUGAUAUGGGUGUAUCGUCGCGACAAACUCAAUCGCCUGAACAGCCCCUAGAUCCUUGGUCUCCGGAGGCCUUCGAUCAAACGUAUAUCCAAGCCAAGAAAACGAAGGCAGCCCGCCCAAAUACGGCAAUGGGAAUUGGCGGACGUAAUGACUAUAUGGAUCAGGAGAGGGGACCAGACAUACCUACCCGACAGUCAAGCUACAAGGACGAUCAAGCCCCCCCUCAAUUGAGCAAUUAUGUUCGUAGGAUGGAGGACCGGUUGAAUAAGAUGCACACUAGUAGCCCCAGAUUACCGGAUGAUGACGACCCGCCACCCCCAGUACCUUCCAAAUCCAAAGGUUAUGAAAGACCAGGUUCAGCAGUAGGUGAUAGAGAAAAUGAACCGAAGUUGCGACACAGAAAAUCGGCGUAUGAGGUAGGCCGUUCAAUGUUAGGUAGGACAUUUACUACAAAAACAAACUCCACGGAUUCCUCAUCAGCUACUCGUUUCACGACCAGUAGUUCAAACACUCAGUCAACAGACAGAAGUCUUAUGAGCGGAGCUUCAGCAAGCGGAUUCUCGUCCACAAGUGCAGGAAGUUAUGCACGGAAGAAGGAAGCUCUUCACGGUCGAUCACGAAGCGCCUUUGGUUCAAGGAGGGAAGAUUUUGGGACUGGCAAUGGGAGCCAGAUGGGUUUCGGCGACCGACCUGAGUCACCGUUUACAGGUGUCUCGUACCACAGCAGUCACGCUUCUGGCCCGGCAAGGCCGCAGUCUCAAGCUGGUUGGCAAGGCUCGACAAUAGAAUCAGGAAGCGGGCUCGGAGGGCUGGUAGCUCCCAAGCCAAAGAAAAGUGGCUUUUUUAAGAAGAUGAUCGAAUCUGCGAAGACUGGUGCAGCGAGUGCUCGGAGUAGCAUAGCUGUCGGUGAUACAUCGAGACCUGGAACAUCAAACGGUAAAAGAAUGCCAAACGGAAUAUCUUCUAUCAGCGGGGGCCAUCGUGACACUCCAAGCAGUGUUAGCGCGGCGAAUGAUAUGGGGCUUGGCGGCGGUGCUGGUGUUGACUGGGUGCAAGUACGGCGGGAUGUUAAUCGUUCAAACUCACUGAGUCGCAUUGAAAGAAUAGAGAGGAAGGAGCGCUGUCAGAUGAUGGAUUACCCUGCUAUUAGUCCUGUGGAAGAACUUUUUGAGGGCUGCGAUGGGGAUGAAGGGGCUGACGGCAACCCGGUUGCUGAACCCACCGACUUCCAAGCCGUUAAUAUGUCACUCGUAGACAAGAACGCUCGAUUCAUUAACAGUCUACCACCUAUGACGAACCCGGUCAGCUUAGCUACUGGAUUUGUGUGUCGACCAUAUCGUAGUGAUGUGCAGCGACUGAGGGCCAUCUUUACGUGGGUCAGCGAAAAGAUCACCUGGGAGGAUGAAUUUGAGAGUGCUGUCGAGUCCAGAAAAGUCAUUCAAAACAAGCGUGGUGGCGCCGAGGAGGUCGCAGUUCUUGUCCUGGAAAUGUGCGCAGCGGUCGGAAUCCAAUGUGAGGUCGUUCGAGGAUAUCUCAAAGUGCCAGGAGAGGUACCCGAACUAGCCAUCAUGCCACGAGCAAAUCAUUUCUGGAAUGCAGUCAUUAUAGAUGGGGAGUGGAGAAUCAUAGACUGCUCUCUUGCGGCACCCUCAAAUCCUCGUCGACUCCUCUAUUCUAGUACCAGCGGACAACACGCGGAAAGUUGGUGGUUUCUGGCAAGGCCCAGUGAAAUUUGCUGGACUCACGUUCCGGAAUUUCAUCAACAACAGCAUCUCUGCCCCCCCAUGGCUCAUGAAGUAUUGCUAGCUCUUCCAUGUGCUUGUCCACCGUAUUUUAGAAACAAUCUACAGAUGGUAGAAUACGAUACCAGUAUGGUUAGGGUUGAGGACCUUGAGCUUGUCCACGUCAAAUUCACGGUUCCAGCUGAUAUAGAAUGUGUAGCCGAAGUAGAAGCGCGCGCAUUCGAACGGGACAUGGAUGGUGACUUUUUUGAAAGUGGAGAUACAAUCAAGAAACGAGCUCUUGCACAGGCUGAGUGGGUUGGCGGUGAGAAACGGUAUACGGUGAAAGCACUCCUGCCUGGCGAUGAAGGUCAAGGAAUAUUGAAGAUCUACGCUGGAAAACGAGGACUCAUGCAUUCGAUCAAGGAUAUUCCUCAUCCUUUGGCAUUUGCGUUGCCUAUUGUACACACGGGAGAGAAUCCAACAUACGAAUUCUUGACGCGGCAUCCCACACCUCAUGCCCAGCGGCAUGAUCUGUAUGUCGCGCAGCCGCAGUGUCAACGACUUGCUCUCAACAAUACUUUCGUCUUUGCGGUUCGCCAACAUCCCUCAUCAACAGCGAUUGUAUCUCCAAAUCCUGGUGGAGCCUCGCCAAUACCGUUUAUUCGACCAACUUCUGCCAUGUCGAUUACCAACUCUUCUGCUUCUGGCUCUGGGUCGAAUCCAAGCACAUACGGUAGCAAGAAACCAGCGAAAUUGGCGAUCCAGGCGCCAGGUGGUAAAGUGUUGCGGCUGAUGAGAAAGGAUGAGAAGGUGCAAAGUACAAGUCAGGCAAUAGAGAAGGGGGAUGGAGGGACCUGGGAAACAAUUAUUAAAGUCGGGGAGCGAGGUGUAUGGAGAGGCUUGGUCCUCGCUGAUAGAAGUGCGAGAUGGUGUGUUUUUGCUGAAUGGACCUGUGUUUGA